ACAUUUCGGUUUCGAAGCUCGGUCCGUGCGAAUGGUUUUGCGGCAACAAACGAUUGGCGCCGUUUAAAAUAUGUGAAGGGUGCGCGUGUGUGUGUGAAUGCUUUUCUUUUGCUUUUGCGCAACAAAAACAACAACGCGACGCGGCGGCGCUACGGCAAAAAGGCGUAACAGUAGUGUGCACGUAAUUUUAUGUGCUAAACAUACAUAAAAAAAUAUAUAAAUAAAUUUAAUACAAAAUAUUAGUGCUACCACCUGCACAAAAAGUGCAUGAACGACGUUUUUGGGAAAUUCAUUCAAAUAUUGUGUGCGAUUUUGGAAAAGUGAGUUCAGAAAUAAAUGCAUGCACUCGUAGUAACAGCAAUUGCAAAUGCGUCGCUUUCGUAAUCACUGAAAAUUUAGAUACGCUUGAACUUACGAAAACACUUGUGGUUUUUUUUAUUAUUUUAUAUUAUAUUCAUGCAAGCCCAAAUCAACCAAAAAAGCCGCAUUUAAUAAAGUAUAAAAAAAUUGUAUUUCAAAUAUUUGUAGGUGUGUGUGGUGCAUGAAAAAUAUUCAUAAAAUAUCUGCUUUUAAAAAUAGCAUGAAAAUGUGUGCUCCCGUUGGUGAAAUUGUGUCGCCACAGAGCACGGCGGCGUUGAACGGUGUCGUGAAAUUAUCAUAAAAAAUAAAAAAAAUGAAACAUUUGGCUUUUAAGCAGCAGGCGUACUCAUGUUCGGUUGUGUGUGUGAUUUAUUUAUGAGUUGCGAAUUUUCGAAAUUUUUGCUUCGAAAAUUUUAAAAAUCUUUUCUGAUUAUUUUUGACUUGAAAACGACACAGUCUGUGCUCUUUAUAUGCAACAAAGUCAUAUUUUCUAAAACAAAAAAAAAAUUAAUAUAUAUAUAUAUACAAUAUAUUUUAGUGCUCGCGAACUUUUGUUAAGAAAAAAUCAGAAAAAUUUAAUUUCGAAAAUUUUGAAAUCGCCUAAACACAAUUCGCUCAUAAGUUAUGCCGGCCGCAAAGUACAUAUAUGUAUUUGUGUGCAGACGCGCAACCCACUAACCGAAUUUCACCGAUUGCAGCGACAUGGUCCAAUUGGAUCAAGAAAAGAGCACACAAUGUGUAGUGCACGAUCUUACACCCGGUUCAGAGCAAAAGAAAAUAAAUAUUGUCGUGCGUUCACAAUACACAAUCGAAAAGGUGUUUCGCAAUAUAAGUACACAGUAUCCCUACGAGGCGUAUGAUUUGUUACUACAGCCAAAUGGAACGGAAAGUCCACUGCUACAUUUGAAUGCACGUAAAAACGAACUGCUCUUCGCCGCACCCGGCUUUUCGGCGCAGGAGAAAAAUGUGCUUGUAUUGCUGCCACCAGACGUCUGGGAUGGUGAUGUGCAGAAACGCUUCGAUUUCACUAAAACAUUGAGUAAAAAGAAAUGCAUUUCAAAGUCUAAUGGGUCCACAGGAACGACGUCGCCGAAAAAGAGCACAAUUAAAACAACAAAAACAGUUAAAGCAACAAGCGCAGACAAAGCUGUCAACGCAGUGAAAGCUUCAAGCACAGACAAAGCUUCCAACGCAAUUAAAGAUUCAAGCACAGUCGAAGCUUCAAGCGCAGUAAAAGCUUCCAACGCAGUAAAAGCUUCCAAUGCAGUUAAAGCUUCAAGUACAGCCGAAGCUUCAAGCACAGUUAAACCAUCAAACGUCGAUGCACUUAGCAUUGAAGUUAGCACACCCCCAACUGUAACAAAUGGUAUUGAUGCCAAUAGUAGCACCGGAAUCAACAACACAGCCAGCGGUGCAAUGAAUGGACACAGCGAAGUUGUUGACAACGAGCACAGCGCAAACCACAACAACAUCAACGAAGAUAUUGACAUUAUAGCUGACGAAAGCAACAAACACAACGAGAAUAUAUUGACAAAUAACAUGAUGAGCGAUUUGAUCGGUAGUGACGACGCUUCGUCCACCUUUGCCGAAGAGUCAUUGCCACUGUAUACAGCGACUGCCAUAGCAAACACAAGAACCACGAAUACCGCCUCAAUGACGCAUUCAUUGAAAUUGAGUCCACUCUCUGAUCCAGAGCUUUUAUCCGAUGAUGACUUGGCGUUGGGCGCUUCGGCCAGUCCCACCGAGACGGAACCUUUUGGUGGUGAUGGCUUGUUGAAACUACGCAACACCUCACCACGUAGUCCCAAAUAUGGACCACUAACCGAAGGUGAAACGUAUCAACAGAUGACACUUGAACGUGAUUUCACGCGUUUAGGCAAGAAACUGCAACCCAUAUCCGCUUCGGCUGUAAUCAAUACCACAGCUGCAACAGGCGGCAGCACAAUGUCGACAAUGAGUAGCGGUAGCAGCGCUAACGGUUAUGUGGGCUUAGUGAAUCAAGCUAUGACUUGCUAUUUGAAUAGUUUGCUGCAGGCACUCUUCAUGACACCGGAAUUUCGCAAUGCGCUCUAUCGCUGGGAGUUUGAUAAUGACAACGAAGCCAAAAAUAUACCCUACCAACUGCAGAAACUCUUCCUCAAUUUGCAGACAUCAAAGAAAUCCGCCGUAGAGACGACAGACUUGACGCGCAGCUUUGGUUGGGAUUCAACCGAGGCGUGGCAACAGCAUGACAUACAGGAAUUGUGUCGUGUUAUGUUCGAUGCGUUGGAGCAUAAAUUCAAGAAUACCAAACAAAUGAAUUUGAUCGCCAGUUUGUAUGAGGGCAAAAUGUUGGAUUAUGUCAAAUGUUUGGAGUGCAAUACGGAGAAGACGCGCGCCGACACCUUCCUCGAUAUACCGCUGCCGGUACGCCCGUUCGGCAGUACAGUGGCCUAUGGCAGCAUUGAGGAGGCUUUGCGUGCAUUCGUACAACCCGAAACACUGGAUGGCAAUAAUCAAUAUUUUUGCGAGAAAUGCAACAAGAAAUGUGAUGCACAUAAAGGUUUGAAGUUUAAGAACUUCCCCUAUAUACUGACGCUACAUUUGAAACGCUUCGAUUUUGACUAUCAGACCAUGCAUCGCAUCAAAUUGAAUGACAAAGUCACUUUCCCGGAAAUGUUGAACUUGAAUAGUUUCAUUAGUACGGCCGAUCUGGAGAGUCCCGUCCCUAGCACUUCCACAAGCGCCGCCACCGCAAACACCAUCCCCGGCAAUAUCGCAACUAAUGGUUUUAUACCCAACGUCGCAACUUCGACCAACGACGAUUGCAGCACUACGGACAGCGGCUCGGCUAUGGAGGAAGAUUUAUGCUGCAGCGGCACGGCCACCACAGCCAGCUCUAGUCAGCAUGAAAAUGACAUGAAUGACGAUGAUGAGGGCAUCGAUAUGAGCACCAGCACUGAUCAUCGUAUAAAUAGUAGCAAUGCUAGUGUUGAACAACGUAUCAAACAUGACAAUGGCCCAUAUUUAUAUGAGCUAUUCGCAAUAAUGAUACAUUCGGGCAGCGCUUCAGGCGGUCAUUACUACGCCUACAUAAAGGAAUUCGAUAACAAUGGGUGGUACUGUUUCAAUGAUCAAUCUGUUUCGCCGAUAACCGAGGAGGAUAUAGAGAAGUCAUUUGGUGGCGGUUCCAGUCGCGCUUACUACUCCAGCGUUUACAGCUCAAGCACGAAUGCAUAUAUGCUGAUGUAUCGUCAAAUAGAUGCACAACGCAAUGAACGCGCGACAAAAAGCACCGAUUUCCCCGAACAUAUCAAUCAGCUAUUGCCGAAAUUGCAUCAGGAAGAGGAGACACGUGUACCACGCAGCACUGGACGGCACGGCGUUGUCGUUUCCGACUUGUCCGUACAGGAGCUGAUCAAGCCACGCGUUAGUUUCUACAAUCCAGAAUUGAAAAAGAUAAAAUUCACACGCGCCUAUGUCAGUAGUUUCCAUAUAAAAUCAGUACUGGAGUCCGCCUAUCAGUUGUUAAAUGUGGAGAAAUUUGCACCGCUAUCACGUUGUCGUCUGGUCGUUUACAAUGAUAUGGGUGAACAGAUUUGUCAAUCUUUGGAGCACAUUAGUGAUCCAACGCUCAGCGAAUUGCGUCAACAAACGGACGGACCUUUGGAAUUUUUGCUCGAAACCAGAGAAGAAGGUCAGGAAUUUGAAGUUUACAAACCGGGUGGAGUCACAUGGAAUGUUUACAUAGUUAAUGUGGCAAAAAUGCAAUUGGAUGGGCCACAUCUGGUAUAUGCGCCGUCAAAAGAAGCGAACGCCGCUUUAUUACAUUCGAUUGCCGUACGCCUUAAUCUAAAUGAGAACCAAUUGCUAUUGGCCACAGUGAAGACUGAUGCAUUUGUUGCGCUGGACACAGCGUCAUCAGAGAAUGACACAGCUGAGGGUAUGCAGCGGCAAGUCAUAACGCAGGAAGAUUUGCAAGAAAUCGCGCAAGAGCAAUUUAGAGGUUUGACAUAUAUUUACCUAAAUGUACCGAAUACAGAUGCGAGUACCUUGGAAAUUUUGGAUAUACCCGCGCUGGAAACUCCUACAAUUGAGGUUAGCGCAGAUGUUGUCGACGCCGUGCAAAUGAAUGCAAACGUCCUGCAUACACUAAGUCCAUCCAAUAGUGAUUGCACAUCAAAUCUUUCACAAAAGAGCUGUGCGCGCGAAUCACCAUUAUUACCUGCCACUGCCGCUGCCGCCGGCACGACCACUUUGGCUGGGCAGGAAUCCCAUUCUGAAGAUAGCAGUUUAAGUGAUGGCGAUCGCACCCUUGUCGAAUCUUUGCACAAUCGUUAUGGUGGCGAUAGUCAAAUCUCAUCGACCAAUCAUUCGCCUUACCUCUCCAGCCCUGAAGAUGAUGCAUACAAUAAAGCGAAUUCGUUAAAACGCAUACACGAUCUCUUCCAAAUGGCACCUGACCAUACAAUGGAAACUGCCUCGAUGUCACGCAGUAAUACGCCACAAUUCUUCUAUGCUGAGAAAAUCAAUGCCGUGGAUUGGAUGACGAUUUCGCCGCGAAUUCUCAGUAGCAGUACCAAUGACCCGAACGAGGAGUUGGGGCGCAAACCAACACAUUCAUAUAAAAUCAUUGUGGAUCCACGCAUGAAAAUGUCAACAUUUAUGCGACAUGUUGAAUCGCUAAUCGGUGUACCAUCCAACUAUUUUAAAUUACAGCACAAAUACGAAGUCAUUGACCUGAUGUCGACAGUGCUCUUCGUCUGUAUGGGUGAAACGUUGAGCGUUGAACUGGGGAAAGUGCUGCAGCCGGACGAAGACAAGGCAAAGAUCUCAUUUAUGCGACUGUCAGAGUUGGACAACGAUACUGGCAAAUUGCCCUGUAUAUGUGAAUGGGUGUGCAAGGCCAGCAUGACGGUCGCCGACGCAAAGAAAGAGCUGAUAGCGAAAUUGCAUCGCAUUGACGUCAAAUAUAAAACGCUUAAUCCAAACAACUGUCGUCUAUGGUUGAAGGGUGGCCGAAAUCCUAUUGAAAUUAUGGGCGAUGAUGAAACGUUGGGUACGGAUUUGCGCUCAAUGACAGGCGCGGAGUUCCUCGUGCAAGAGUGUGAAGCUGGUGUUAGCCCACAGGUGCCCGCAGAUAGUCUAACGAUUUUCGUGAGACGUUGGCAUGCCGACAAAUUACAGUUGGAUAAAUUCCAGGAAGUUACACUAGAAAAGGAAAGUGAAAUAAGAUCGGAGUUGGCAAAAAUUACCGACAUACCGCAAGAGCAUAUAGCCUAUAGUAAGAUAAACGGUUCUUUCCCAUGCACAAACAUUUCUCUUUUAAGUAUCAACAGCACGCUUAGUUGGUUCUCAAUACCGGCCACAUUAAAUAAAUAUCCACUAACGUCAACAGUCAGCGGAAAUGUCUACUUUUACAAAGAUGUCACCAAAGCACCCAAAGAGCCAACAACCGAGGAGCGCCGUGAACUGGGCACUCGUGAAAAGUUACGCCUCGAUCGUUUGGGCUGCAUGUCAACGUCGCUUUACUCACCGCGACGUGAGCGUGCUCUCAAAAUCUACCUUGAUUCGCCGCAAUCAAAUAAUAACAGUAGUACGACGUUGGCGUCAUCUUCAUCAAGCAUAUCGACUGUAAAAGCAGCAGAAGAUUAACGGAGUUGCGAAAGCAAAUACCAAAACCGCAACGCAUGCGUAUGUAGUUUUUCAGCUAGCGGAGGAUUAACUCCUGUUUGUGAUGAUUUAGUGACAAAGCAGUUGAACGAGUAUGUCGAGAAUGCGUCUGGAAAAAUGUAAUAUGUUGACUGAUGUAAAAAAAAACAAAACCAAUUGGCGACAAAUGUAUGACCGACAACAUCAUUGUUGGCGCUUAAGAAAAAGUGAUAUUGCAAAUUUUCUUUUUGAAUCCUUUUCUGCAGUUAAAAAACAAAAAAAAAAA